AUGAAUGAGGAACAUGAUCAGGAGGAACAUCUCCAAGGAGUUGAUCCCCAGGGUGACCAUCCUGAACAUGAUCAGGAGGAACAUCUCCAAGAAGUUGAUCCCCAGGGUAACCAUCCUGAACAUGGGGUGGCGGCUGGAGCCGCCAACGAAGGUGUGCCGAGGCAAAUCCCAUUUCCCCCCCGCGGACCAGGCUUCAUUGGCGUAGGGCCCUACAUGGGUGGCCACCACGGGCCCGUUCGGUAUGGGAUUGGCCCACACGGACCCGGUCCGUAUGGACCACUCCCAUACGGGAUUUUUCCAUACGGGGUUGGCCCUAUGGUCAGACCUGAGUUUGGUGGCCCAUACUGGGCUGGCCCAUACCCGAUAGGGAUGCAGCACACCACCAUGCAGCCUCCAAUGCAGCAGAGAGUCAACUCUCCUAUAGAGGGAGGACGUAGCGGAGGACGUGGAGGAGGUGGUGGAGGACGUGGUGGAGGACGUGGUGGAAGACGUGGUGGAAGACGUGGUGGAGGCACCAGAGGUGGUUCCAGUCGAGGACGUGGGGGAGGUACCAGAGGAGGUCAUAAAAAGCGAAGCACAAAGGGUGCAAUCGUGUACAAUGUGUACAUUGGAAAAUAAAGAAUA